AUGGGCUCCUGCGCGAGCCUGACGCGCUUUCAGAGAACCGCCUACGACUAUGGCGCUGAUUCGGAGGAGGGGCUGGAUGAGUCCGAGCCAGGCACGCCCUUCUCCCGCGCGUCGAAGCCUCGGCGGCGCCGUGCCCGCUCGGGGAAGGACGUGUCGAACAACAAGCCCCGGACACCGCGGAGGCCAAGCAUUGGAUCCGCAUCCUCCCAGGCUAGCGAGGAGGACAACAGACGACCAGCUCACGACUUCAAGGUGAGCUCGACGGUCGACUACAGCACCAACUGGGAUACCGUGCUGUGGCACCACAUGGUCGAGCGCUACAAGAGGGGCUUCUCGGUGUACGGCCAGGAUACGAUCUACAACCGCCUGAGACAGCAGCGUCGAACGCUGCUUCCUGACGACACUUUUAGUCUGGAGCUUCCGCGUGGCUGUACGAAAAACGACUUGCCGUUGCUGCUGGUCAACCGCCAGGCCUACAAGCGGAUCAAGUACAGCGAAAACUGGUCCCAAGAGUUCAACAGCUGGGUCAAGAAGCAAAGAAUGGAAGAUGCCCAUCACUUCAUGGUCUACAGCUGCCAGGAGCAGUUCUUGUCGAUUCUUUACCCUCAUGUCGGGGUAGACGAGACGGAGGACCUUCGCGAUGUGACAUUCACCGCCUUCCCCUUGCUCAUCGUGCAGGCCCAGCUGGUUGUCGAGAGGGACGACCACGCGGCCAUCCGGAUCUGGGAUGAAAUCAUCUGGCAGUACUUGGACCUGGCGAAUAAUAAGGGACGCCUCGCCUGCUUCCACCUCUGCAACCGGGCCGGCCAGCGCAUCUCCCUCUUGGGCAACGAGAUUUACCAGAAAGUGCCGCAGAACGAGUUCCCCUUGUCCAUCGGGUUGGAGGAGUCCUACGACCUCUGUUCUUUCUGGAAUCUGAUACGCUUCUUGAGGGAUGCCGACAUCAAGCUUGUCCGGGGUAGCUACCUGCGCCAGCUGCAACACGAAGGCCGACCUUGGCCGCGCCGCCAGGAAGCCGAGAAGGAAGAAGCAAGAAGAGGGUCCGGCUCAGUUUUCAUGCCCUUGUCCGAGAACAUCUUCGGCAUUCCGAUUGUGGCCGUCUCUCAUGUCUGGGAGACGCGCGAGCAUCCGGAUCCGUUCAAGCAUCAGCUGGGGCAGAUCGUGAAGUGGAUGGACGCCCAUCCAUCAGCCCUGGCGCCCGGCCUGCGUUGGGCCUCAUCUUCAGGCCGUUUCGAGCACGCGUUCUUCAUCGACUUCAUCAGCCUGUACCAGUACAAGCGUGGCACGGAGCAGGAGGUACAGAGCUUCCAACAGGCGAUGAAGAACAUGCACGUGCUGUACGUGCACGAGUGCACGCAGACCUGGCGCAUUCAGACCCUGACCCCUCCGGAGGAGGCCGAGAAGCAGCUAAAGGCCGCGUCGAAGAUCCCCGUCUACUACGAGGAAGACGGCUGUGUGACCGCCCGCCCGAUUUUGGGGCUCAAAGCCAACCGGCGCGGCUGGUGCCAAGCAGAGCUACAGUGGUCCUACUGCAGGACCUCGAACGAGGCCACCUCGGUGGUGGACGAUUCCAGCGGCUACAACGGCAAGUCGCCAAUGAAUGUUUUUAAGGAGCGCGUGGCCAAGAAGGAGCUGAUCUUCACGCACCGCAGCGACGCUGAGCAGGUGAUACGCCUGCAGGAGAAGGUGUUUAUGGAGAAGUCCGCCGUGUGCCAGGAGCUGACGCUGAGUGAUCUGCCGGCAGAUGAGCUUGUCGUGCUGGCGGCUGCUCUCCCUUUCUAUCGGGGCUUGCAGACGCUGACGCUGAAGAACUGCCGCUUCAACCGCGAGCAAUCGGGGGUCCUGGCACAGGGGCUGGACAAGUCCAGGCUGAGACGGCUGGUGGUCUCCUCCUGCGAGGUUCUUCACUUUCCCGAGGCCACCCCGAGCAUGAGGCACUGUCGACACUGCCUGGGGGCAGAUGGCAGCUUGGCAGGGGCGCUGGUUAUCAGGAGGCUGGAGAUUCUGGAGCUGCGUGGGUGCAAAUUCUCAGGCCUUAGCGAUGGCGUCAGCGCGUGCCAGAGACUGGCGAAGUCGCCCUGGCUCCGGGAGCUCAUUUUGGUUGACUGCGAGACCGUGCGGCCCUUUUUGGAGGAUAUCUCGCACCUUGCAAAGUUGCACCUGCGACAGGCUCUAUCCGAGGUGAUCAAUCUGGCCUCCUCUUUGUACAGCAUUACCUUGGACAGGAAUGGCAUGACUGACAUUGACGCCAAGGCUCUCGAAAAGAGCUUGAGUUGA